AGAGACCUACGCCGCGAUCGACAUCGGCUGAGGCCGUGGAACAGUCCUCGUGCGACGCGCGACCGAGCUUGCCUCGACCCGGUCACCACAGUCCUCUCCUCCUCCACCUCUUGUUCCUCCUCCUCCUCCGCCACCUCCUCCUUCUCUUCUUCUUCCACCUCUUCCUCUACUCUUCGUCUUCUUCUCUUCUUACUUCCCUCUCCAGCGGCCUGACUCUUCUUUCCUUCCUCCACCUCCCUUCCUCGCUCUUUUGCGGCUUCUCCCUCUGUCCUUCCUUCUUGCGCCCUGCCGCCACUGGUAUCUUCUGGUCCCGCAGUUGGCGGAGGCAGGCUGGAGAGUUCGAUUCUCUGGUCGCGACUGGAGAGAGCAGCGGGGGAGGCAGGACGAAGAGCGCGCCUGUAUGCGGAUAGCGCGGGAUCUCGCGGAACCGAGAGAAGUCUCUCUCUCCCGAUCCCUUCGGCGGAGGAAUUCUAGCUGGCGUGGCUCGGCGGCCGCCUCCACCUUCCUUCCCUCCACCCGAGUUCAUUCAGAGCCCUCCCUGGAUGGGAUGGUCCACACACCACGUCUACUCGGUACCGGGUUCCCCGCGAUAUUUUGUGACUGCCUGUCCGUGCGGUGCUCGUGUUAGCCUGUGCUCCUCGGCUCCCUAGACCCGUCGCGGAAUAGGGAGGUCGACAUGACCCGGUUGGGAUUGCGAUACAUCGCAUCCGUAGUGUUCCUGGCCGGGAUUGUCAGCGGGGAUUAUUCACCAGUGAUUCCAUUAGGGCGAGGUGAUAUAGGAAAACCAAAAAAUAGCGACGACGAUUAUAAUCCCCCAUCUCGAUGGAAAACUUUCCUUUCCAAUAACGAAGGUUCCGAAGAAGACAGGCGGAAUGACGAUCGGAACGACUAUGACGAUUAUAAUAGACAGACAGAUGACACCGAAUAUGGUCUUCGGCCUGGUGGAUACCAGGAUGGUUAUGGAGAUCGAGGAUCCUACGGCCAGAGACAAGAAGCGGGACAAGGUCCCGUAGAUGCUUAUGGAAGAUCUCGAGGUUACGAGGAUACUUACGACAGAAGAGCUGGAGAAAAUCGUGGGUCCGGAGACCCUUAUAGCUCUGUAGGUUCUCAUGGACGUGGAUCGACUGGUUAUACAGGAUACUCGCAAGGUCAAGGAGGAUAUGGUGCUGCUGGAAGCUCGGACACUUAUGUAGGCAGCUAUUUGGAGGUACCAAUGCCAGGACACAAGAAAAAUUGCACAGGAUCAGACUGUUGUUUUCCAAAGUGUUACGCGGAAAAAGGUUCCAGGGGUCCACCGGGUGUUAUGGGGCCGCAAGGUCCUAAAGGUCAAAGAGGAUUUCCUGGAGCAGAAGGUCUCCUAGGUUCGAAAGGAGAAAAAGGUGACCCCGGUCCUCAAGGGUCACGUGGGACGAAAGGUGACAGAGGAAAAAUGGGCAUGCCUGGAUUCCCUGGUAUAAAUGGUGUUCCUGGAGUACAAGGACCACCAGGAUCCCCUGGUCUUCCUGGUCGAGAUGGCUGCAACGGAACGGAUGGUGAACCGGGUCAUCGCGGUAUUUCUGGCGAACCAGGACCCCGUGGUUUUAAAGGUCCUACUGGUCCCAAAGGAGAAAAAGGUCAGCCGGCAUUUGCUGGAAUGUUUCCUGUUGGUCAAAAAGGUGAACCGGGUGGUGAUGGUGUGAGAGGACCUCCUGGACCACCAGGACCUCAAGGAGAACACGGUAUACCUGGACCAAAGGGUGAACGCGGUCCUUACGGUCAACCUGGAAUGCAAGGUCCUAAAGGAGAAAAAGGAAUUGUGGGUCUUGGAUUCGAGGGUUUGAAAGGUGACAAAGGUCAGAAAGGUGAAAUUGGACUGCCGGGUGUAACCGCUACUGAGCCCUUUGUAGGAGCAACAGAAAUCACAGGACCACCGGGUGAGAAAGGAGAAAAAGGAGAUAAGGGUGAUAUGGGACGCGAUGGAGGAAAAGGUGAACCUGGUCCAAUAGGUGACCACGGUAUACCUGGUGGCACCGGUAUGAAGGGAGAGAAGGGUUUACCAGGUGCUCCUGGUAUCCGAGGUAGAGAUGGUUUCUCUGGACCACCCGGACCACCCGGUCGCAAAGGUGACCGAGGUUACGACGGAUUAGACGGUUUACCUGGACGUCCUGGUUUGAAAGGUGAACCAGGACCAGACGGUGGUAUGGGUGUUCCUGGACUACAAGGGCCACCGGGUCCGCCAGGUGGCGGUAAAGGCACACCAGGUCCACCAGGGCCUAAAGGACCACAAGGGUUCCCAGGUCCAAUUGGGCCACGAGGUGCAGAUGGGUAUCCUGGAGAUCCAGGUCCGAGAGGUCCUAUGGGACCUUCAGGAGGUCCUGGCUCACCAGGAAUUCCAGGUCCCGAAGGUUUGCCGGGAGAGAAAGGAACGAAGGGUGAACCUGGCAUCACAGGGUUCCCAGGAUUAACGGGACCUCGUGGUUUCGAUGGCCCUCAAGGUCCACUAGGCCCUCGGGGUCCACCAGGAGAGAAAGGAUUAUCGAUUACAGGUCCCAAAGGAAUGGAUGGUGCACCUGGUUUAGACGGAGAAAAGGGACAAAAGGGUGAACGUGGUUACGCUGGUCCACGCGGAUUUCCGGGAGAUUCGUUGGAUGGAAUUCCAGGACUACCGGGUGAGGCCGGUCUGCCUGGAGAACCAGGAAAUCCUGGAAGAGACGGUACUCCAGGAACUCCGGGAUACCCUGGUGAAAAAGGAGACAUAGGAGGUCGCUGUCAAGAUUGUUUACCGGGAUUAAGAGGACCUAAAGGUGAUCGCGGUUUUGAUGGUAUACCUGGACUUACUGGAUCUCGAGGGCCAGCUGGAGAACGAGGUCCCCCCGGAGAACCUGGCGCUGACGGUUUGCCGGGGCCAAUCGGACCACCAGGUCCACUGGGAAAAGAUGGUAUCCCUGGUUCACCAGGUCCUCAAGGAGAACCCGGCGCCCCAGCAGAAAUAUCCUGGAGUAAGAUUAAAUUGGAAAAGGGUGACAAAGGUAUACGAGGUGAACCAGGUAGGCCGGGCCCGCAAGGCCCACAAGGUCCACCUGGAGAAAGGGGUCCCAUCGGAGUUCAAGGUUUCCCAGGACUUAAGGGUAUUGCUGGUGAUCGCGGUUUUCCCGGACAAGAUGGUGUUCCUGGCAGGCCAGGAGUUCCGGGACGUAAAGGAGAAAGUGGCAUCAGUAUAAAGGGAGAAGCCGGAGAACCUGGUCGGCCAGGAUAUCGCGGAGAGAAAGGUGAACCUGGCUUUGAUGGAGAAAGAGGUGAACCUGGUCUAUGUCCACCGUUGAAUUUGACAGAAGGUUUGAAAGGUAAUAGGGGACCUCCAGGAGAGAGAGGUGUACCAGGAGUACAAGGAAGAGAUGGUUUAAAAGGUGACAAGGGUCUACAAGGGAUUUCGGGUCCUCCUGGACCUACAGGUCCGAUUGGUGCACCUGGACCAGUUGGACCACGAGGAUUACCUGGUCCUCGUGGAGAAAAGGGGAACAUGGGACCCAUGGGCUUCCCUGGCGAACCCGGCCGUGAAGGACCCAGAGGAUUCUCGGGAGCUCCGGCACCAAAGGGAGACAAGGGUGAAGCUGGAAUACCAAUGAAAGGUGCCCGUGGAUUAACUGGUCCUCCGGGAGAGAAAGGAGAGAAAGGUCUUCCAGGACCACCAGGGAAGGAUGGUCCUGUUGGUUACCCAGGUUUAUCAGGAUUUGCUGGAGAAAAGGGCGAUAUGGGAAUCCCAGGAAUAAGUGGUUUACCGGGCGCACCAGGAGAAAAAGGAGACACAGGCCCGAUUGGUCCUCCAGGUCCUCCUGGUGUAGCCGGUACUCCUGGCAUGGAUGGAAAGAAAGGUGAACCUGGAUUGACAGGAGAACCUGGUAGAUCGGGUCUCCCAGGUUUUCCAGGUGCAAAAGGUGAUCGCGGUGAACCAGGUAUUGAUGGACAAAAGGGAUACCCCGGUCGUCAUGGUUUCCCUGGAUCACCGGGCAGACCUGGCGAACCAGGGAUAAUCGGUAUAAAAGGAGAACGAGGAGAGAAAGGUUCACCUGGUGCCCCUGGACUCCGAGGAUUAGAUGGAAAACCUGGACGUCCAGGAGUACCUGGCCUAAAAGGAGAUACAGGCUUCCCUGGUGCUCCUGGUACACCAGGUCCAGUUGGAUUCGAGGGGCCUAAAGGUGACCGUGGUCCACCCGGAUUCCCAGGCCGUAAGGGUGACGCUGGUCAAGUGUCAGAAAAAGGACAGAAAGGUGAACCAGGAAUGCCAGGAAUUCGUGGCCCAACUGGUCCUCCUGGUAGAGAUGGCAUUGAUGGCGCGAAGGGAGAACCUGGAAAAUCUACAAUUGGUACAGAUGGAUUGCCUGGCCCGAAAGGAGAAUCCGGUAUACCAGGACUUGAUGGCUCACCAGGAUUGCAAGGGCCGAAAGGUGACACUGGUGUUAGAGGAUUCCCAGGAUUGAAAGGAGACUUAGGGCCACCAGGUGCGCCAGGUGAACCAGGAACACCUGGUAUCGAUGGAUUACCUGGCGAAAAAGGAGAUGUUGGCUUACCCGGUUCUGCCGGUUUCCCUGGUUUAGAAGGUGAAAUGGGACCUCCAGGACACCCAGGUCUUAAUGGCGUUAAAGGAGACAGAGGUCUUUCAGGACCUCCUGGUCUUCCUGGAUUAACUGGUGCGCUCGGAGAAAAAGGUGACCGUGGACCACCUGGACCAACAAUUCAAGUUAAAGGUGAAAAAGGAGAACCAGGUAUUCCUGGACGAAUGGGUUUACCGGGAGAAAAGGGAGAUCGAGGUCUGGAAGGUGUUGCUGGUUAUGAUGGUGAAAAAGGAGACAGAGGUACACCAGGUCCAGUCGGUAAUCCAGGACCACCUGGCCCGAUGGGUAUCAAAGGUGACGAAGGACCAGCCGGACCUUCGGGUAUCCCUGGAUCAACUAUCAAGGGCGAGAAAGGUUUGCCUGGACUGGCUGGAAAACAUGGUCGAGAGGGAUUACCAGGUCGACCGGGAGAAAAGGGAGAACAAGGAUUACCUGGUUUACCAGGACACAAAGGAGAUCAAGGUCCUUAUGGACCCGUGGGCGCACCGGGUGAAAAAGGUGAUACAGGUCCAAGUGGACCACCUGGUACACCAGGUAGAGAUGGUGCACCGGGAAUUGAUCUGCCAGGUCCGGAAGGUGAAAGAGGUGAGAAAGGAGAUAUAGGACCACAAGGAUUCCCGGGCUUACCUGGACAAAAAGGAGAACCCGGAUUCCCAGGACAAAGUGGUCUAGAUGGAGCACCUGGAGAGAAAGGUGACAGAGGAUGGGACGGUGAGAAUGGUCUUCCUGGAAGUCCUGGAGAGAAAGGUGAUAGAGGUUACUCUGGUGCGGUCGGAUUAAUGGGUGCCGUUGGCUACCCUGGUCCGAAAGGUGAAAGGGGUGACGAUUGCAUUGAACCACCGAUGGGACCAAAAGGAGACCGUGGAUAUCCUGGACCUGUGGGCCCACCAGGAGUGCCAGGAGAUAAAGGAGCACAAGGACCACCUGGAUUCCCAGGAGUGGAUGGACUGAAGGGUGGACAAGGUCCACCAGGACCUGCAGGACAAGUGGGUCUGCCUGGUUUACCGGGACCUGUUGGUAUUCCAGGGGCGCCAGGUCUGCAAGGUCCUUUGGGUGUUCCGGGUCCCGCUGGAGAACCGGGACUGCCGUGUGAAACUACACCUGAUUAUCUGACUGGUAUACUAUUGGUCAAGCACAGUCAGAGCGAAGUGGUACCUGUUUGCGAACACGGACACAUCAAGCUCUGGGACGGAUACAGUUUGCUUUACACGGAUGGCGAUGAAAGAGCGCACUCGCAAGAUCUAGGUUAUGCUGGCUCAUGUGUGAGAAAGUUCUCGACGAUGCCCUUCCUCUUCUGCGAUGUCAACAACGUCUGCCAUUAUGCCAGUCGCAAUGAUCGUUCUUACUGGCUGUCGACCAAUAGUCCAAUUCCCAUGAUGCCUAUCGAGGACACGGCAAUACAAAAAUACAUCUCCAGGUGCGUGGUAUGUGAAGUUCCAGCGAAUGUGCUAGCCGUACACAGCCAAUCAUUGAGCAUUCCAGAAUGUCCGCAUGGAUGGACCGGCCUUUGGAUCGGAUACAGUUUUAUCAUGCACACCGGUGCCGGUUCUCAAGGCGGCGGACAAUCGCUGUCCAGUCCUGGAUCUUGUCUGGAGGACUUCCGCGCGACGCCGUUCAUCGAGUGCAACGGCGCCAAAGGACACUGCCAUUAUUACACGAACGAGUUCAGCUUUUGGAUGGCCACUAUCGAGGAUAGACAGCAAUUCCAAAGGCCGGAGAAGCAGACCUUGAAGCCAGGAAACCUCAGGUCCCGAAUAAGUCGCUGUCAAGUGUGUAUAAAGGACACGUAGACCCACGCACGCGCGUCUGUUUCUUGCUCUCUUUUUCACUACUCACGUUUCUCGUCUUUAUUUUGUGUUCUCUUCUUUUCUUUUUUUUUUACUCGAGAAGAAUUAUUGCUACCGAUAACUAGACCGUCGAAAUGGAAAAAAAAAGUUUAAUAGAUGAACAAAUCGAAGUCUCGCGAUGGAACGAAGGGACGACCGUUCGCCGGUUGCGAACCUGGCGGAUUCGCGCCGGUGACGUUUCAAUAAAGAGAAAGGCGGAGCUUCUUUUUCUCGUUUCUUCCAAUUUCCCUUGCAUACAUCUCGCUUCUCUUAUUCUGUCUUGCCUUUCCUCUUUGUCUCCCUAUCGCUUUCACUUCAGAAUAAUUUCUGUCCGUAUCCUUCUGCCCUUCGUCACGAUUUCUUCUUUCUUCUCACAUCGAACGCCAAUUCUCUUGUCUUACUGCCCACCUUCGAUUUUUUCGCGAGCGCCCCCUCAUACGCCAUAAAAUUAUUUUUGUUUUUCUAUAAUUAUUCACACAAGUGCCUAGCGUACUAUUUCCUAGCAUGUAAAAUAAUAUAUAUAUAUAUUAUAUAUAUAUUUAUAUCUCGUUAAUAUCGUAUGAGAAUUAAGUUUAUCGUACUACCAUCGGACACUGCCCAUAUCCAAUAUGGCAUAUUUUACAUAUUGUAUAUUAAUAUAAACGAACUUAGCCUGAUAAUCGUGUGAAGCCAAAUAUUUAAGUGAAUAGGUAUUUUGCUACGUAGCUAAUAAAAUUCUAUU